UCGGGUUGGAGUUUAAAACUAUGGAUCACAUUCAGUCGGUGAAAGAUGUCAAAAUUUGAUGAUAUAUUUAGCUCAUUUCUUGGUUCGGGAUUUCAUCGUGGAGGUGACAGAGAGGAUCCUUACACUGAGGACGGUGAUCAGACUCCUUUCCGUGGAUUUUUUUCAUCCCCUUGGAGCUUCCACAACGGACCAUCACACAACAUGGAUGAUGAUGAUGAUGGGCAGUCUGGGGGACAAGGACCAUUCCCAGGGGGUGGUGGUUUCUUCUCAUUCAAUAAUGAGAUGAAUGACAUGUUCAGACUCUUCGAUGAUAUGUUCAAGAGCUUUGGUAUCGCAGAUUUUCCUCCUCUAGAUGUUCCCAGGGUACCGCCACCAGCCUCUGUCCAACCCGAGAUGAAAUCCCCAAGAGAUCACAUGCUGAAAGAGCCAGAUUCUACAGACAGUCCAGAACCGGGUGCAGUCAAGCCUAAUACUGCUACCAAAGAAUCGCUCUCAUGGUUUGAUGAGCUGAGAAAAGGAAAGACUAUCUUCUCUGUUCCUCCUGAUGAUAAAAUCUCUCCCUCAGCUUCAGAAAAGAAAGAUUCAGAUCUUGAUGAUGUCAUCAAGCAAGGUGAGAUGGAGAGAAUAUUUGGAGGGACGUCAACACAGUCUCCUUCAAACAAUCAACGUCAGAGCUCGUAUUCUAGGAGUAUAUCAAUUCAGACAAUUAGAAGACCAGAUGGGACCUUUGAAACGAGACGCACUGAACGGGAUGGCCAAGGCAAUGUGACCACGACUGUGACCUCAGGUUCAGACGAUGCACCUUCGGGGAGAAUUGAUCCAAGGAAUAAUGAACCCUGGGGUAUGCAUCCUUGGAGACCAAGUAUAUUCUGGCCUUUUACCAAGGGAAAUCCAGGACAUGAUAGGUUUGAGAGCGAAGGGUCUAGGACUGAAGGUGGUCCAGAUCCUUGGAGGCCAGGAACAUCCUGGCAAGGUUCCAGGCGGUCUCCAGGUCCAGAGAGGCAGGAUACAGAGACGGACGAUUCUGUCUACAAGAAAUUCUUUGGAUCUUGGUUCAAGCAUUAAUGUUUUCAUGGCAAAUGUAUGCCUUUAAGACAGUGGGGAAUAUUGCAAUUUAAGUAAUAAUCAUUAAGAUUGAUGGUGUAUUUAACCUUCGAAGGUUGGACUCAGAAUUUGUAGAAUGACAAGCUGAUAAGCAAGUACAAUUUUGAUAUCCUCUGUAAGAAGACAUUACAUUUUGGGGUUAGCAAGUGUUUCUUCUACUGGAUUGAGAAAUGUAUAUUUGAAUUGCUAAUGCCUAGUUUAAAUGAUAUUACAGAAAGCACCAGUGUAAUACCAUAAUACCAUGCAUUGCUCUAUAUCCUCAUACAAAUCAUAUUGUUGCAAAAUUUAUAAGGGGGUAGGAAAUUAAUAAACCACUGUAAUGUAAACCCACAGAGAUCUCUGUGAUUUUACCAACUGUUCGUUUUUCUCCUCUCUUGACUCUGUAUAAAAGUUCUCACUACAUUUCUUAAGUUUCCUCUCUCAGAAUGUUAAUCAACUAUCUGUACAUGUGUCUAUAAUCUCUCACAAGUGGGGAACAGCAAAUUGAAAUAAGCAGAGCUGACUUUUAGGUUAGACUGUCCAUUUAUUAAUUAGAGCAGACAUUUGAAGAAUAGAUACAAUCCAACUACACUCGAAUGAAAUGAACUCCAAGACAUGCCCCGAGAAACUCUCCUCAAAUGCGAAUUACCACACCUUUUUAUAGAGAGCUAAAUUACGCAAAGCACCCUUGAGCUAGUUUAUAUCCCUCUCCCAAGAACAAGAUUCUUCCUUGGCGUAGAUGGGAUGCACGCGACUGCUAGUCGAUCUUGAUGUUGCAUAACAUGAGGGCAUACUCUGUUGACGAUCGAGACCCUGGACGUGUGCAAAGCAGGUCUGUCCUCAGUGUGAGGUCAGGCGAGGUCACACGCAACUGAGAUCUGUCAUCGCUGGGAGAGACCGCGCGCGGCUGAGGGACUGUCCUUGUCAUUGCCUAAACGAAGCUUAAGGACAGUCGCUCUUGAGGAGCGAGGCCCAGGUCAUAAAUAAGUCUGACCUCGUAAACAUAACAAAGACAAAUAAAACAAUACUAAAAGUCCAUGUAUACAGCAACAGCGGAGAGUUUCAUGAUUACAAAUGUUUCUUCUUUAUUCCAUGAGGAAAUACAAAAGUCAGUGCAGGUUAGUGCUAUGAACUUGCAGUUAAUGUUUAAAAUUUACAGGUUGAGCCGAGUCGGCUGUCACAUCUUUCUGCCACUUUUCCUCACCUCAAGAUAAUCUUUGGGUUAGUCGG